AUGAGAGCUUACCCCUCCAAUCUCUCUGGCAAACACGGCGGCGGCUUCGAUCCCAACAGUAACACUUCUAUGCAAGUACCCUCGUCGCAACAAUUCUAUCCAACCCAGUUACAUCACGGUGGCGGAGGUGCUUACGAUCCAAACAAUCCCACAAAGCCUGUCGUUGUAGUGCAGCAUCAACCAGUAUCACAACUACAGCCUACAUUCUCACCCCAAACACAAGCCACAAACUACUACCAGCCUUAUCAACAGUAUCAUCAACCUCCACCGCAGGGCGCAAGCAACCAGCCGGGAUUCAUUACUCAGCUGUGUGGUUGUUUCAAGUGA